UAGCUGGGUGGCAGGGACAGGGGGAGAGGGGCUUUUCUCUGUGGCCACCUGGAAAAAGCCAUGUAAGAUCAGUGGCUUGUCAAGAAAGAAAUACAGAAAUAAUUCGACUUAAUGACAUUUUCAUCCAAAUUUGUAACACCCAAAUUUAUUCUGGAGGAAGCUCAAUCCAAGAAGAAGACGACACCGGAGUAAAAAGGACAAACUUAAGUUUUUUUGGAAAGUGUUGUGCGCACCGGAGCUUCAUGGACACGCGUAGAAAUCCCCAAACCAACUCCAAAAGAAGAACCCCCCACAAGUUGAGCACCAAGGAUAUCUCCAAUCAGUUUUGAUGUCAGGUGAAGGUGAGGUCAGACUGACGGAGCUUUUAUCUUUAGCCAGGUAACAGACUUAAACUUUACUUUACAGAUCGGUGCGUAAUUGCGCAGCGGUGAGGCAUGAGUGGAGGUCGCUUUGAGUUUGACGACGGCGGAGCUUAUUGCGGAGGCUGGGAGGGAGGCAAAGCCCACGGCCAUGGCAUUUGCACCGGACCCAAAGGCCAGGGGGAGUUCUCCGGCUCCUGGAACUACGGCUUCGAGGUGGUGGGAGUCUACACCUGGCCCAGCGGAAACACCUACGAGGGGUACUGGUCGCAGGGGAAGCGUCACGGCCUGGGAGUAGAAACCAAAGGACACUGGAUUUACAGAGGGGAAUGGACUCAUGGCUUCAAAGGGAGGUAUGGCAUCCGGAUCAGUGUUGGCAGUGGAGCAAAGUACGAAGGAACAUGGAAUAAUGGGCUUCAGGAUGGAUAUGGAACAGAAACAUAUGCGGAUGGAGGUACUUUCCAGGGUCAGUUCACAGGUGGGAUGCGGCACGGCUAUGGGGUCCGUCAAAGCGUCCCUUAUGGCAUGGCAGCCGUUGUCCGCUCCCCUCUCCGUACCUCCCUGACCUCCCUUCGCAGCGAGCACAGCAACGGCACCGUCUUGCAGCAAGACAUCCCCGUCAUCACCACCACCAACGCCUCAGGUGAGGAGAUACCCGUCGCAACCCCUACCCAGCUGGGACCUUCCCGUGGAGGCUUUGCCCUCACGCUCCAGGUGGACCCAGAGGCUGUGAAACCCAAGAAAAAGGGCCUGUUCCGCAGGAGCUCCCUGCUGGGUAAGCUGAAGAAGUCCGACUCAAGUACCUCGCUGUCCAGCCAGAAGAGCAAGAUCAGCUUCCUGAGGACAGAAUCGGCUCUCAGCUCCAACGCCAGUGACACCAACUCCACCAUCAGCAUCGGGGACGAGAGCCUGACCGGAGCCGAGGAUUUCCCCCCAGUGGAGGCCGACAUUGACGCCACCACCACAGAGGUCUACAUGGGCGAGUGGAAGAACGACAAGCGCUCAGGAUAUGGAAUAAGCGAAAGGUCCAGCGGGCUGAAGUACGAGGGCGAGUGGCUAAACAACCAGAGACACGGCUACGGCUGCACCACUUUCGCCGAGGGAGGGAAGGAGGAGGGCAAGUACAUGAACAACAUGCUAGUGAAGGCCAUGAAGAAGAGGGUGAUCCAGCUGAAGGGAACCAAGAUCAAGCAGAAGGUGGAGCGGGCGGUGGAGGGCGCUCAAAGGGCUGCAGCCAUCGGCAAGCAGAAGGCAGAGAUCGCUGCUUCCAGGACGGCCCACUCAAAGGCCAAGGCAGAGGGAGCUGAGCAGGCCGCUCAGGCCUCCAACAGUGAGUCCAGCAUCGCCAGACUGGUGGCCAAAGAACUGUCCCCCUCCUUCUACCAGCCAGGUCCUGAGUAUCUGAAGAAGAGAGUGUUACAUGAGGCCGUGGAGGGAAGUGAGAACACAGAGACUGUCAUGCAUGAGCCGCUGCUCGCUGAGGAGGAGCCCCUGCCCACGCCACCCGAAAGCCCACUCAUGAAUGAACUGGACAGUCUCAUGCCUGGCUCAUCCCCAGGCCGCACCCCCUCCCCCAGCCCGGGUAUCAUCACCAAGGAAGAUCCAAAACUCCUCAGUCCAGGAAGCUGGAACGAAGACAAAACUCUCAAAGGAGGUGGCAGUAAAGGUGGCAGUAAACCCAACAGCAGGCCCAGCAGUCGCCCCACUACCCCAGCAACUUCUGUUUCUGCUACUGCUCCUGCUCCUGCUCCUGCCCCUGCCUCGGCUGCACCUGAGAGCGGAGCGGCCCCCAGCAGUCGUGGCCCCUCUCGCACCCCCAGUCGGCAAAGCGCCAAGAACGAGCAGGGCUCUGACCUGGAGAUCAAGCCCCUGCAGAAGUUUGACUCCGAGGCGAAAGCUCCAGACGUCGCUCCUGCACCUGUUGCCUCUGUAAGGAAUAGCCUCAUCUCUGCAGAUGAAGAAGAAGAAGCACCGCGCCCCGCCUCCAAAGUGCCCGCCAAAGCCGUCACCCCUGAGCCUAAAACCAUCGAGGUCAAAACUGAAAGAGCUCCAUCCGUCCACGAACGAGCUCCGUCCGUCUCUGAGAACAAAGUGGAGCCCAGGGCGGUGAACAGACCGUCCAGCAAAGCAGAGACAAAGCCAUUACCAAAGCGGCAACCCAGCCCAGCUCCAUCCCCAAGACCUGCGCCCAGUCCUGAACCGAAACCAGUACCAAAGCCAGUGGAAGCCAAACCCAUUGUUGCCAAACCAGCCCCGAAGGUGGAGCCCAAAGCAGAAGCCAGACUGAGGGCCAUAGUGUCGAGCUCGAGUCAUGAGCUGACUGCAGACUCUUUGGAGCUGGAGGGCCCAAACACCAUAAUGAUCUGCAUGGUCAUUCUGCUCAACAUCGGCCUCGCCAUUCUCUUCGUACACAUUUUGUCAUGAGACAUCGUCCACCAUCUCAGGUCACCAGCAGUGUUGGAGAGAGUCAGCCUGCCCCCUCCUCAGUUAGGACCAGAGAUCAAAGAUGACCGCUGAGGAGAAAUAGAAGCCUCACGCAGACCGCCGCGGCCCCUGUAAAGGUUUUCGUUGGUGUGACUGUGUGAGGCUCUGUGAAGCUCCUCUCUUUCCAGAGGUUUGACAAACUGAAGGACACGAAACAGAUUCAGAACAUCUGAAUACGAUGAUGUUUGUAUGUUAAAGUCGGGGCUGGAUGGUAGAGCAUGUCCUCGGUGCUUACGCUGGAGAAGCAGCACUCGAGAUGUCUCAGUUUAACUUUGCCACAGUGUGUCACAAGUGUGUCAACAUCUUUGCAAAAUGACAAAAAAAAAAAGAGGCUUUAAACUCAAUCCUUAAUCGGCACGCUCCGGCUGAUUAGACAAUCUCAGUAGGUAAAUACACUUUGUCACAUAUGUUUGUUUGUUUUAUGAUGAAAUAUUCUCUCCACUUUGCCUUAAACUUGAUUGUUGAGACACAAAUUCAACUGCAGCAGACGUGUGACAGAUUUAGGAGUUAUAAGUGUCAUUGUUUUAAUCAUCUGCAAUGUUCGGUGUGUGGUUAGAGAGCUGAAGGAGAUUCAUUAAGUCUGAAUGUGUCUCCAGAACAAACUGUAAUCCAACGCUGCUGUAAAGCCAGUUUAUUGUUUUCAUCUUGUUGCUCCUCUGUCUCUUAAGACUCCUCUCUAGAGUUACAUUUUGGCUAAUUGCAUUUGAGACUGGGGUGUACUACACUGUGAAACUUUCUAUUUUCACUGGGAUUUAUAUGCAUUUAUUGUCAUUCUGCUGCUUUGGUUUGGGAGCUGAUAAACCAAAUAAAUAGAGAAGGAAAAUAGUAAGCUUAUGAGUGUCACUGUACUGUAUGUCAUGCAAUGCUGUUUUGGCACCCAGGUGGUUUUAAAUGGGUUGUGUAUGUUUUGCAAUAGAACGUGCAAGCAGAAAAUGAAGGGUGGGAUUUAUCUUAUUUAAAGCAAUCACUGUAUGUUGUUGGUUUCUCAGUCUACAGAUUUAGCAGCAGGAAGCGGGUUGCGAUGGCGUGUUUGCCUGUGAGCUACUCAUAGUUUCAUGUAUGUUUCAGUGUAGUAAACUGUCCUCUCUGUUCCACGCUGCCUUAUAUUCAGGGCCUGUUGUGCUUUAGAGCCAAAUAUGAGUUCAACUUUUGUACGCAUGAGGGCACUUUGUGUGUAUGCGUCUGUGUUUUUGUACCGUUUUGAAGUGCACGUCUUUUUCAGCAUUCAACAUAUUCUGUUGUAGGCAAAACACGUAACCCUAAAUUUAUUUAUUUCCCAAAAAGAAGUCAAGAUUACCUCGUGAUUGUGAGAUGGAGAAAAAAAGCUCAAGUGGUUCCUAACUCCAUGUCUUACACUGAGAAGAGAGCGCUCUCCAGAAUAUUCUUCCUUUGUUCUUUGAGCUGAAGUUGUUUUUGAGUUUGCAAAUGAACACACAGACCGCUGGUUGUGCAUUGUUUUCAUGCCAAAAAGGAAAAUAUACAAAAAAAAAUUAUCAUAUUAGAAAUACAUUUUUGCCUGAUAGUUGAUCCUAAAUCUACAAAAUGCAUUUAUUAAUAAUAAGAGAAGAGGCAGUUGUCAGAGGAACUCAGUGGUAAGUGCAAUAAAACUUCAUGUAGGUCAGUGUCAUGUAAAAGCCAUUUUGUUUUUGUCUGUUUUAGUGCAUUUAAUAAACCCAAGUAACAUUGCUGACUUUGAAGAAAUGCAUUUGUGUAGCCAAACCUGGUCAAAAUUACAAAGAUGAAAAUAAAAAAACUUUUACAACACUUGUGAACGUGUUAUGUUUUGGUUAGAGAUGGUCCAGCACCAGUUAUGCUGCGGCUGGCUCACAGAACAUCUGAUGUUGGGGCGCACAUUCAAACGCAGGAUCCAGGAGCUGUUUCAACAUUUGAUUGCAGACAGGGUGGUUGAAAAGUUCUAUGGUGGUUGUUGGAUUAUAUUAUAAAAAUAAUAUUAACUAGUCCAUACCCAUUGAGUGCACAGUUGCCCACAUACAGUUUCACAUGGUGUGUGUUUGGAAUACAGGUCAUAGGAAACAUACUGACACAAAAUGUGCUGCUUAAAUGACACAAAGAACCCAAAAGGAUAUAUUUUUUUGAGAGCCUAAACGCGUGGAUGAACUAGGGCUUUUUUAGGCCUAUUCUUACUUUCAGGGUCCAAAAAUAAUCCAAGGCUAUUGAUAAAAUAUUACAGGUCAAGGCCUCAGACGCCCAGGUCUAACACCACUGAGGAAAUCAAUUCUUUACAGCUCUAAAAAGAAAGUUGUCUACACUGCAAGUUGUGUUGUCCAGUCACCAGCAACUAGUUUUAGAGCAGCAAAGAAUUUGGUAAUAUGUCAAACCGGAUAAAAGAAAGUUAUAUGGCAUCCGUUCUCUGCAUUUGUUAAUGUUCCACAUAGAGUUAAUCUGAGCCAUGCCAUACAACAAUAACAAUCACAUCUCCUCCAUACAGGAUUAGUUGUAUACAGCUGUUUUUAAUGCAAUGGCAUUUGAUCAGCACUUUAUCAACCAGAACACAUUCAGGUAUCUGGAAGGAGAAAAAAUUAUGUUUGAAUAUCUGUAGCUUGGUACCAAAAGUCUUUCAAAUGCAUCUUCACCUCCUUUUGCUAAGAUUAUGUUGCCUCUCCCAAUUUUGGCUUUACAAGUUUCUAAAUUCACUCCCAGAUUUUCAGACAUUAUCGUCCAUUAUCCAGUCUGGUAACAGCAGAACUAAGUAUUUUUAAACACCACCUGUCUGCCACUAUGAGAAGCCCCCCCAUCCCUCCCCUGGGCCACAGUGAAUACCACUCCCUAUUUUAAACCAGACUGGGUUUAGUCCUCGAUUCUUCUCACGUAAAGCACAAACAAGCCUUUAAUUUGGAAAUGUGACCACUGCAAAUGGUAUGCAGAGAACAUCUGAUGCUGAAAAAGUCAUUUAGUUGUUGAACAACCUGCAACAAAUUGAGUUUGCCAUUUCAGCAAUGGUGUGUAGU